AAAAUUUUUGUUUUCCUUCAGUCUAGAAAGAAGAGGCCAGUUGCGAUGAAUCGAUGGUCCGGUUACCUGCUGGGAUGGAUGACCUUCCUCUACAUCUGGGAGACAAGUGGAGAAAUUCCUAAGCUGAGGUCACUGGGUUAGCACGAGUUCAUGAAACCCUGGCUCUGUAUUUCAAAGGGUCAGAAGGAUUCAUGUGUGUUUCCCUUCGUCUACAAGGGGUCUACUUACUUCUCUUGUAUCAAAACCAACAGCCUGUCCCCUUGGUGUUCGACAAAAGCCGUUUACGAUGGGCAGUGGAAGUACUGUAUGGAGGAGGAUUACCCACGAUGCAUCUUCCCCUUCAUCUAUCGAGGAAGGUAUCAUAACAACUGCAUCACGGAGGGUGGCUUCUUCAGAAAGCUGUGGUGUUCCGUCACCUCCAGCUUUGAUGAGAAGCAGCAGUGGAAAUACUGUGAAACAAAUGAGUAUGGGGGAAAUUCUUUCAGCAAGCCCUGUGUCUUCCCCUCCGUCUACAGAAAUAGCAUGAUCUUUGAAUGCAUUGAGAGUGAAAGCAACAGACUGUGGUGCCCGACCACGGAGAACAUGGAUGAGGACGGGAAGUGGAGCCUCUGUGCUGACACUAGAAUUUCUUCACUGGUUCCUGGCUUUCCCUGCCACUUCCCAUUCAACUACAAAAACAAGAAUUAUUUUAACUGUACCAGCAAAGGAUCAAAGCACAACCUUACGUGGUGUGCAACCUCUUACAACUAUGACCAGGACCACACCUGGGUGUACUGCUGAUGCAAAGGUGAGGUGCAUAGCAUACCUGGGCAAUGCCGCUGUGAAGGUGACAUCCGUCCCUUCCAGCACAAUUCGCUGGGGUUGCCAGCAAGGUGAGCUCCCUGUCCCAGAGAUGAGGUGAAGUAGGGGUGGGGGAGGGACAGGGACAGCUUCCCAGAUUAGUAAGAGGUGGAUGAACCCUUUUGGACCCAGAAAGGUGCCGUGCCAAGUGUUAGGUCUGGGAAGCUUUGGGUGUGCAAAGUAGGAGAAUGGAAUUUCUCAAACUGGGGCAUGAGAAGGAAAGAUGACCUUGAAAGGAGAUGACCAGGACUUCUCUGGGCCCCAAAAGCCAUGCACCAGGUUAUUGACCUGCUACCCACUGAGUAGCCAACAGAGAAAAAGGUAGGGUUCAGUUCUCCUCGUUGCAUGGGUCCUUCCCCCACCUCUGCACCUAAGUCCUCAACUCUCUCCACAGGACCAACUUCUCUCUCCCUUCCAGUCUUUUCUUCUGAUUCCAGUAUUCUCCCCAGACCCCCUGUGUGGGUCCACUGACCUAAUCACUCAGGAUGUCUGGGAUUUAACAAACAGAACCCUUUCAUCAGAUAUGUGGAUGGCUCUGGUGUUUCUGGCAAUAUUUGCCCUUAUGAUGCACGUGGCUUAGGGAUGACACCAA